CCACUGCGCAAUCGUUUCGUCCCAACCGGAUUGGCUGCCCGCAACCCGUUCAAGCACCUGCGGUCGCUGCGACUGUUGCGACACCACUCCAGCUUUUCUCCAAUUUGAUACAUAUCUCUCUUACAACGUCACUAGUUAAUAUAAUCCACCUUGCAUCCAUUACGCUCGCCAAUUCUUUUUUUACGAUUAUCAUAUAGUUGAUCUGAUUGAUAUUCGUACUCUUUUUUUGCGCGGCCAUUCAUCUGGCCAGCUCUUCUCACAAUGGGUAUCGUGAGCAGCAGACUUGAUGAUGGCGCUGCCAUCUACUUGAGAGACCAAAAUCGACUCUCAAUCGCCUCUUUAGUUAUUACCUGUCCUCGCAAGCGCAUUUCAACUACUAUAGUUCCUAAUGUUUUCCCCGCUACUCGGGUUACGGCUACGCGAUCACCAGGCGACUCUGGUUUGGUCGAAUUUAUUCAGGACAUUGAACCUUCAGCUGUCCCAAAUUUCCUACUCAAACUCAAUAAUGACGACGAACUCAUAUUCAACUUUACCUUUGUUAUCCGCCAGGAAGAUGGCGGGGCUGGUAUCGAUACGCACAUCAACGGACUAACCUAUGUAUACGCUUCGACCAAUAGAGACCUCGAGAACCUUGUCACUCGCGAGUUUCACGCCGAUCCAAAUCUACACAAAAAUGCGAAUGUUGAAUUAGUAGGCGACUACACCACUGGCGGAAGCGCUUCAGUGACCUUCGAAUGGUCGUGGAAAUGGAAACCGCCAAAGGGAACAGAGGACGGAGGAGGUGGAUGGAGAAACGUUUGUAGUUUUGUCGAGUACGAUCAAAGAGCACACCGCCUGGAUACCCUCGCCAGGUUUUCCUUCUGGGUCUCUAAUACCUCGCCUUUCCCAAGCCAUCCCAACUCCCCAUCGCCGGCUUUCCAAUUAGCAGUACCUCCUAGGAUUCGAGUGCCAUCAUCGCAAUCUGUUGAUUCUCGUAUUAGCGAACAAGACGAACCGAGCUCUCCUGUUCACCCUCCGAGUGAUGCAUUAUCUAUCGCGCCUACGAUCGUGCCAGGCUCCCGAGAUUCUGUCAAGCUUGAUAUAUCAUGCCCCCGACCGGGCGAGGAUAUGACUGUGAGCGAUGAUGGGCCGGUUUUUAGGGCUACAAUCAAGGCGCUUGAGCAGAAGACUGGAAAUAUGAGAACGCAGAUGAAGAAAGUAUUAAAGAAGGCCGAACACGCGCACGCCACACAGACCGAAGCGAACGAGGCUUUCGUGAGCUUUACGGAUGCCCUCCGAGAAGCGUCAGCAACAAAUGCCAAUGCGGUUCAGCCUGCCAUCGAUCAUUAUUUUGACAAAAUUUCGAGAGAAAUCCUCAACUACGAAAGGCAAAAUACUGUUAAUUUACAGAAGAUUAUUAUCGAACCUAUAAGCAAACUCUACACGUAUGACAUCAAACAAGCGGAAUCGAAAAGACGAGACUUCGAGGAGGAGAGCAAGGAUUACUAUUCUUACGUAUCUCGGUAUCUUGGCCAACGACAAGACUCGGUGAAGACUAAGAAGCUUGCCGAGAGCGAUAACAAAUACCAAACGAAAAGGAGGAAUUUUGAGCUCAAACGCUUCGACUAUUCAUCAUUUAUGCAGGAUCUCCACGGUGGCCGGAAGGAGCAAGAAGUUUUGUCCCAUUUAACCAAAUACGCCGAUAUCCAAGCAAGGGGCUUUUUAACCACCGCACAGAGAAUUGAAAAUUUGUUACCGCAACUUGAAGCUUUAGCGAACGAGGUACACGAAGCCGAUAAAGAAUUCCAAUACCAAAGACGUGAACGGGAGGAAAAGAGACGUGUACUAGAGAAGAGCAAUCUUCAGUAUAACGAGCCAGAGGGUGUCACUACGGCAGUCCACACAGCCGCCAACCCUAACUCGAAUGGCAACCAACACACUUCCGAUUCGGAACUUGGGCGGGCAGAUAGCACUAGCUCUCAACUCAAACCUGUACCUACAGGCAAUUCAGGGGCUAUGACUUCGGUAGGCACCGACCUCUCGAGAUCUCCAGGAAGCAUAGGGCAUGCUUCUCUACAUAGUCCUGCGCAAACAUCGAAAUUCAAGGGAAUACGUGAUCUAGAGGAGAGGGAUUUCAGCCAGCUGGCCAUUGCCGAUAAGAACUCAACGCACCGAAAAGAAGGUCUGCUCUGGGCUCUCAACCGGCCGGGCACCCACGUAGAUCCUCUUUCAUUAAAUAAACAGGGUUGGCAUAAAUUUUGGGUUGUUCUAGACCAAGGGAAGCUGUCGGAGUACAGCAACUGGAAGCAAAAGCUCGACCUCCAUAUGGACCCUAUCGACCUUCGCAUGGCAUCUGUCCGCGAGGCGAGAAACGCAGAACGGAGAUUCUGCUUCGAAGUAAUUACGCCACACUACAAGAGGGUAUAUCAAGCAACUUCGGGCGAGGAUAUGAACAGCUGGAUCCUUUCUAUCAACAACGCCCUCCAAAGCGCAGUUGAAGGUCGUGGUCUUAAAGACAAGCCGUUGUCUCCCGGAGAGUCGACCACCAGCCUUAAGCGCGACAUCGGUUCGAUUUUGACUGGGAAGAGCAGCUCUUUGAAUCAUGGCUCUCAUCAUGGUUCUCAUACCAACGCCAACUCCGCCCCACCGUCUCGCCGUACUACAGUCGGGGCGCGACCCGCAAACGCACGAGCGCCAAGCAGUAGCUACGAUGAACAUCCAGACAAAUUACUUCAGAUGCUUCGUGACAAUGAUCAAGGCAAUUGCUGGUGUGCUGACUGUGGCAGCGGGUCCAAGGUCGAGUGGGUUUCGAUUAACUUGGCUAUCAUCCUAUGUAUUGAGUGCAGUGGCAUUCACCGAUCCCUGGGAACGCAUAUCAGCAAAGUGCGAUCACUCACUCUCGAUAUCACGUCAUUUACGCCCGAUAUUAUCGAGCUAUUACUUCUUGUUGGAAACAGAGUCUCAAAUAUGGUCUGGGAAUCGAGGCUUGACCCAAACCUCAAGCCAGGUCCGCAAGCUACGCGAGAACAACGCCUGAAGUUUAUAACGGCGAAGUACGUGGAUAGGGCUUACAUAGAGCCGAUAUCAGCUACUCUCUCGCGAUAUCCAACCGCCGACGAAACUCUCCUGGCGGCUAUAAAGCGUAAUGAGGUCCAACAAGUCAUAUACGCCUUGGCGCUGAAGGCUAACCCCAAUACCUUGGAUAAAAGUCGCGGAACUCACCCCAUUUUUCUGGCUCUUGCUGCGGCUGACCCGGCGUCACCGUCGCCGACUACGCCCACAGCUGGACGACCGGAGCCCGAUUCUCGAGUCAUCCCAUUUCCAAUUGCGGAAAUGUUGAUACAGAACGGGGCUGAAAUACCAGUUGUGAUGCCUGCCUUUCCAUUAAGUCGGAGCGCCCAGAUGUAUAUCGAACAAAAGCGUGGCCGAAGUGCUGCUAUUGAGGCAUCGGGCGUGUCGCUACCUGGUAGUCUUAGUCCGAGUCCGAGCGAGCGACUUCAGCGCGAUAAGGACGCGCGCUUACAAAAGCGCAUCAGCGCUGGCGGACGCUUGGCGAAGUCGCCUAUUCCCGAACGGUAGAAACGGCGGAAGUCGAACGCUUCUCUCUCGUCUUCAUCCCCUUCCUCGUCAUUUUCACAGAAGAAUCGGCUCAGUCGACGGGAGUCGAAUAUUACAGGUUCAAAUUCUUCAUCUACUUCCGGACG